AAUGUCAUCUUUUUUGAAAGGUCUUGCUAAAAUGAGAUAAAAAACAAAAGUAUUAAAAUUUGAUCGAGUAUAAGGCUGUAUUUUCAGGAGUAACAGAUGUAAUUGUUGUUGAUUAAGGGGAUGGAAAGUAUACAUCAACACCUUUUAAUGUUAAAUUUGGUAAACUCAAAUUUUUAAAUCCAGAAAAGGAAUUAGUUAUUGAGAGUAAAUAUAAAUUGAGAUUUUAUAUAGCUUUGAACAUAAGAGAAAAAUCUGUUAUCAAAUAAAUGAAUUUAGUAAAAUUAGUAAUUUAUAUAAAUGGUGAGGAGAGAAAUGACAUUUAAUUUUAUUUGGAUGAUGAAUAAAUUGGCCAUUUUGCAUAUAAUAAAAAGGAGGAUAUAGAUGAACUUAAAUAAAAAUAUUAUGAACAAACAAAAUAAAAUAUUCAAUAAUAAUAGUAGUAGUAGUUAUAAGAAGAUAAAUUGCCUAAUUAUAAUAAUAAAUUUUUAUGUUUGUCAAGAGUGCCUACUUCUAAAACUAUUGAAAGUUUAAAAUUAAAACAAGGAUAAAAUUCAAUUGUGUAUGAAGUGGAAUGUAAGAGAUUAGGUUAAUAACAUAUUGAAUGUGAAAUAUUUGUGAUAAAACAAAAUCAAAAGAUUUUUAUAAGUGAUAUAGAUGGAACAAUUACAAAAUCUCCAACAAAAGGUAUGAUUCUUUCUACAUUUGGUAGAGAUUAUACAUAAGAUCAUAUAUGUGCUUUUUAUAAUAUGCUUCAUUAAAGGAAUUAUCUAAUUUUAUAUAUGUCUGCAAGAUCAAUGGUAUAAUAUGAAAGUACAAAAGAAUAUUUACUUCGAUAAUAAUAAGACGGAAUUUAAUUGCCUCCAGGUCCUGUUUUUUUAUCUCCCUAAGAAUUAUUAGAGGCAUUUACUAUAGAGGUUAUUAAGAAAUAGACUGAUAUUCUUAAAUCAUAAAUGCUCAAUGAUUUAGUCUUUACUAUAGGAAUUACAGGAACAAUUUAAGGAGGAAUGGGAGAUAGAUUAAAUGAUAUUCAAGCAUAUAAAAUGGCUAAUGUGUAAUAUGAAAGAAUAUUUUUAAUUAAUAAGAAGGGGGAAAUAGUAAGAGUGAAUAAUGAAAUGCAAGAAGAAAAAUUCACUAUAAAAGAAAUAAUUUAAAAAAUGGAUUAAAUUUUCUGA